AUGAAUGAUACGAAACCAACAGUGAGUUUCAAUGAAGUUAUUGGUACUCCGGGUAUAUUUGAACAGGGAAUGGAUGUUACCAUUUUCGAGUCAAAAUUGACAAAUUUCUUUUUGGCGAUUGGAAUCGAAAAUGAAGUAAAAAAGAAAGCCAUAUUGCUAUCGUCUGUCAGUGAAGAAAUUCAUAAAAUUUUAUAUAGCUUAUGUGUACCUAGCACACCAGACACUCAAACAUACAGCACAUUGUUAAAGCUCCUAAAACAAUAUUACAAGCCGGUUAAAUCAUACUUCGCAGCUAGACAUACAUUUUACCUGGCAAAACAACGUACUGAUGAAACGGUGGCAGAAUGGGGCGCUCGUGUCAAAAAUCUUGGAUCGAAGUGCAAAUUCUCGUCAGAAUUAACCACUGUUAUACGAAAUAUAUUCGUUGUAGGAAUGAGUCCCGGAAAAAUACAAGACCGACUAAUAGAAGAAGACGCAUCUGAUCUAAAAUCCACGUAUGCGAAUCUAAUGGACAUUGCGACUAUUAAGGAAGCUACCAUAAGGGAAAAAAAUACUUGGAAACAAAAUGAAUCGGAACUUAACUAUCAAAAGCAACUUCACCCAAAUAAACAAGUCAAUCGUCAACCAUCGGAUAAACUAAAGUGUGGAGUAUGUGGCCGCUCAAACCAUUUACAAAGAAACUGUCGAUACAAGGAUUACAGCUGCAAAAUAUGCAAUUCAAAAGGUCAUUUGGCCCCUAUUUGCAAAAAUGGUAAGAGUUUUAAGCAAAACUAUGAUAACCGUUCAUACACUAAAUUUUUAACUGAAAAUUUUAAUGAAACAGUAGACGAUCAGGCAGUUGCAUACAACUUGUCUGAUACAUUUUUUAAUUUGAUAGAAACUAAUUCUCAAAAUAGAAUCAAACCAUUUACAACUAAUUUAUUAAUAGAGAAUGUAGAUGUUAAGUUUGAAAUAGACACAGGAUCUUUACAUAGUGUAAUUUCAAAUAAAAUGUAUUCUGCUCUUUUCAGUAAUAUCACAAUGUUAAACAAUGACAUUUCCCUCUCUGAUUAUGUUGGAAACAACAUAAAUCCAAUAGGUAAAAUAGAACCAAGAUCAAUUCCUCUAGCUCUUAAAAAUAAAGUAGAAACGGAAAUCGAUCGUUUAGUUAAAAACAAAAUACUUGUUCCGCUUAAUUAUAGUGAAUGGGCCACACCAAUAGUUCCAAUACUAAAAUUCGACGGUACAGUUAGAAUCUGUGGUGAUUUUAAAAUUACGAUCAAUCCUGUGUUAAAAGGUACAGAAUAUCCCCUGCGCAAAAUUGAACACUUAUAUGCAAAUAUAAGUGGCUCCAAAUAUUUUUCGAAAAUAGAUCUCAAAGACGGUUACCAACAAAUGGUUAUCAAAGAAUCGGAUCGCAAGCCCACAUUAGCACAUUUUGAUCAAAAAUUACCACUUAAACUAAUAGUUGACUCUUCUUCGUAUGCACUAGGUGCAGUUUUAUCACAUGUGUACCCUGAUAAUUCUGAAAAACCAGUAGCUUUUGCUUCACGAAUACUAUCUGAUGCCGAGUGUAAGUUUCCACAAAUAGAAAAAGAAGGACUAGCUAUAAUAUUUGACUGGUCCAAAAUUAAAAUUGAAAUAAAUAGAGAUCAAAUUACGUCUAGAGUCCUACAUGCGACAAAAACAGGUGAAUGGAGUGACGAUUUUACACUUAACAACGAUUUAAAACCGUAUGUCACACCCAAAAAUGAAAUAACUUUGGAACAAGGGUGUUUAUUGUGGGGUUAUCGUGUUAUAAUUCCGCAAAAAUUUCAUAAAAAUAUCCUAGCGGAAUUACACUCGUGUCACAUAGGUAUGACCAGUAUGAAAGGCUUAGCACGAUCAUAUUUUUGGUGGCCAACAAUUGACAAGGACAUUGAAAAUAUGGUUCGUGAUUGUUAUGAAUGUACAAACGUUAGGCCAAAUCCACCGAAAUCAACAAUUACUCAGUGGAGAUGGCCACAAAGGCCAAGGACUAGGGUGCAUUGUGAUUAUUUAGGGCCGCACAGAAAUAAAUUUAUUUUGAUAUUCGUAGACGCAACUUCAAAAUGGUUAGAGGCAUUUUCGGUUAACUCCAUGACUGCGCAAACUGUUAUUACGAAAUUUUCAGAGCUGUUCGCUCGUUUUGGAAUUCUGCGUACAAUAACAACUGACGGUGCAAAAUGUUUCAGUGGCAUUGAAUUCGAAAACUACUGUAAAAAAUUAGGUAUUAGACAUUUAAUGGGAGCACCAUUUCAUCCUGCGUCAAAUGGUUGCGCUGAAUCAGGUGUCAAAAUCGUUAAACAAUUCUUAAAAAAAUGCUCGUUCUCUUUAAACCAGUUAAACAAAUUUUUGCUGAUGCAUAGAAACACACCGCAAACAACAACACACGAGACGCCAGCUAAGUUAAUGUUAGGGCAUUCUACUAGAACAAUAUUUGAUUUGCUAAUACCCGGCACUAAUGAAGUAGUAGUAGACAGUCAAAUUUCUCAAAUAAAAUAUGGGGAGAAUAGAAACAUAAACGUAAAAGAGGGUGAUUGUGUACUAGUAAAAGAUUAUAGAAACACAGGAGAAAACUGGCAAAAAGCUACUGUCACUGAAAACAUAAGUGACAAAACACACAAAGUUACAUUAGAUCAAGGUCCCACGUGGACAAGCCACGACGACCAAAUUUGGCCAUUAAACAAAACAAGCGGUUCGUUAUCCUCCGUAGGUGAAAAUACUGACAUAGAUAACAAUGACCACACAGAAUCAACCGUACCGCUCUGCAAUAAAUCUCCCCGACCUGUUAGAAUUAAAAAACCUAUUCAGCGUUUCUCUCCAUCCGACUACAAAUGA